AUGAUUUCAAGUAUUGGAAAUUUGUUAUACUUACAAGAUAACAAAAAACAAGACAGUAUCAACGAACGAUGUAGUAACAAAAAACAAGAUGAAAUAUAUAAUUUUGGAAUCAUUCUUUCGAAAAUUUUCAAAGAUUUAAUACCGUUUGAACGUGCUGAACUUUGCAAAAAAUGUGCAGAACUCUGCGAUGAAUGUGACAAACUUUGCAAAAAAUGCCUGCAUAUAGAUCCGAACCAACGACCGAUGAUCAAAACAGUUUAUAAAAAUUUAUUGCAACUAGAAGAUGGUGGGUUUAGUAUAGAGAGAACAUUUCAAAGUCAGUAUGGGACAACAAAGAAAAGUUUUAUUUUUUCUUUACGGAAUAAUAAUUCUGAUCUUGGUCGAGAUAGAAACAUAGAAAAUAAUUCUAUUUUUAGUCAAAUUAAAAGUUGCAAAAAAGCAAUGGCGAUUUAUUAUGAUAAUGAUAAUAACGUUGGUCCAUCCUUUGGCCAUAACGGUAACGAUCUUUCUAUGAUUAAUGGUGUAGGAGUAUUUAAUAAGUGGUGUUGUAAACAAGAUUGCUAUGAAAAGCCAAUCAAAAAACCUGGCAACAGUGGUCAUUUUAAUGUAGUUGAGUAUGAAGUAUUUAAAGUAUGUAAAAAUCGAUUUAACAUUGGAUCAUAUAACUCAGCAAAAUAG